UCAUAUUUUUCUGGAGAAGGAGAAGAGUGAGCAAGUGAAGAAUUGAUGAUGAAGUCCCUCUACAUUUGUCUUUCUGCAGUCCUCCUGUCAGUCUCAGUGCAGGGUCACACGGAUUCUGCUAAUGGUUGGUCAAUGACAAUCGCAGAUGAAGUGAGGGCUGAGGAAGGAGGCUCCGCUGUCUUACCCUGCAGCUUCACCCACCCUGACACUCACCUCACACUCACCGGCUCUAUCUUAUGGUGCAAGGAGGAAUCACGGUCUUUUAUCUUUAAGUGUACAUAUUCUGGUCCAGACCAUUCCCAGGGUGAGCUGUGUGAGAAUGUGAGACAGCGGGACGGUGGGAAUCGAUUCAGAUUCGUGGGGAGUCUCACCAACAAAGAUGCCUCAGUAAUGAUGGAGGGACUGAGCCGGGAGGAUGUUGGUUUCUAUCGGUGUCGUGUGGAGCUCAAUAUCGGCAACUUUCAAACAUGGUAUGGAACACGCCUGGAAGUGGAAGCUGCUCAAGGAAAUGUCUCAGUGGUGAGUGGGACAGAGGGAGAUUCAGUUACUUUACCCUGUAUCUUCAGUCGCUGGUACUACCCUCCCCUGUCCACUGUUACCUGGAUGAGGAAGGAGCCCUGCCAACACAUCGUUACAUUUACAGCCCAAUCACAGGGAACUUGGACAACUGGACACGGUGGAAAUCGGUACGAGCUCAUCGGGAACCCAGAGGAGGGAAACGCCUCGACCAGGAUAAACCAGCUGAGUGUGAGGGACAAUCACACUUACCUGUGUCUGGUGGAAUACAGUUCGAACCUGAUUCUCAGUAUCUGA